AUGGUAGUGAAAAAGCAUUCAUUUCGUUUUAGGAUCCCUUGGCCAUCAAGAGCACCUGCUAAAGAAUCAUUGCGUCGUCAUCCAAAAGAUAGAUCAAAAUUUCCUACCCAAUCAGAUACUAACGUACCCAUUCAACAGCCAUCUAGUUCUUCUGUGAUAACCCCAUUAGAGUCUCCUCCUAGUCCUACCAAAACUCAUGUAGACCCAAAUGCUGAAACUCAAAAUCAUUCACCACCCCAUCUAACUGAGCCAACAACAUCUUCAGUGAUCAUUGAGUCCCCAGGGACUAUUCAUUCAGAACCCCCUUUUCGAUCAACAUCUCCAAACCUGGUUAACUCUCCACUGCCAUCACUCCAACCCUCAACUCAUGCAGACUCUCCAUCUCAUGUUUAUAUUGAGUCCUCAUCCCCGGAAACUCAACCUCAGUCUCCCUCUCAUUUGUCCUCAGAAAGCACUCAGCCUGCAUCUGAACAAGAGAAGGAAAAGAUGGUAGUGUCUGAACCAAUACCACAAGAAGCUGAGCUGAAGGUAAACUCACCAUUGAGAGCAAUCCCCAAGUCCCCAGAGAUAUCCUCUUUACUUGAGAGGAUGUCAACACAGCCUGAAGGCUCUGAACAACAAGCUUCAUCUGUGCCCUCCUCAUCCUCAGUUUUUAAAACUGAACCAGCCUUUCAGCCUCAUCCAUCAUCUCCCUCGGCCUCAGAGCGCACUAGUGAGGUGUUAACGCCUAAACCUGAAGAAAGCACCUUGCCUGUAUCAUCUGCCUCUCAAGAUGAAGAAGAGAAGAUGGCAGUAGCAGUAGCUGAGCCAGUGUCACAAGAAGCAGAACCAAAGAUGAAGUCACCAUUGAAAACUAUCCCUAAGUCCCCAGAGACAUCGUUUCUACCUGAGAGAAUGUCAACACAGCCUGCAGGUUCUCAACAAGCUUCUUCUAUGCCCUCAUCAUCCCCGGUUUCUAAAAGUGAACCACCUCCUCAACCUCAUCCAUCAUCUCCUUUGGUGUCAAAGCCUAACUUUGAAGAAAACAAAUUGCCUGCAUUAUCUACCUCCCAAGAAGAAAAAAAGAAGUUGGCUGAGCCAAUGCCACAUGAAGUAGAACCAAAGAUGAAGUCACCAUUAAAAAUCAUCCCUAAGUCCCCAGAGACAUCAGAGAGGAUGUCAACACAGCCUACAGUUUCUCAUCAAGCUUCUUCUUUGCUCUCCUCACCCUUGGUUUCUAAAACUGAACCACCUUCUCAGCCUCGUCCAUCAUCUCCUUUGGUGUCAAAGCCUAACUUUGAAGAAAGCAAAUUGCCUGCAUUAUCUACCUCCCAAGAAGAAAAAGAGAAAUUGGCUGAGCUAGAGCCACAAGAAGUAGAAUCAAAGAUGAAGUCACCAUUAAAAAUCAUCCCCAAGUCCCCAGAGACAUCAGAGAGGAUGUCAACACAACCUGCAGUUUUUCAUCAAGCUUCUUCUUUGCCCUCCUCACCCUUGGUUUCUAAAACUGAACCACCUUCUCAGCCUUAUCCAUCAUCUCCUUUGGUGUCAAAGCCUAACUUUGAAGAAAUCAAAUUGCUUGCAUUAUCUACCUCCCUAGAAGAAAAAAAGAAGUUGGCUGAGCCAAUGCCACAAGAAGUAGAACCAAAGAUGAAGUCACCAUUAAAAAUCGUCCCCAAGUCCCCUGAGACAUCAGAGAGGAUGUCAACACAGCCUGCAGUUUCUCAUCAAGCUUCUUCUUUGCCCUCCUCACCCUUGGUUUCUAAAAUUGAACCACCCUCUCAGCCUCAUCCAUCAUCUCCUUUGGUGUUAAAGCCUAACACUGAAGAAUGCACAUCGCCUGCAUCAUCUAUCUUUCAAGAAGAAAAAGAGAAGAUGGUUGUGGCAGUGGCUAAGCCAUUGGCACAAGAAGCAGAACCAAAGAUGAAGUCACCAUUGAAAAUCAUCCCCGAGUCAACUGAGACCUCUUCUCAACCAGAGAACCUAUCUACACAGCUUACAACAACUUUAGGUGAUGUGGAAAGAUCAACAACACCAAAGGUCCCUUUGGAGAAAACAAAAAGCAAAUUCCGUGAAACCCAAGGAAAGGAGAAAAUGGUGCAUGAAGCCAUUAAGGCAGGAAAAGCCAAAGACACAACUACUGGACAACAAACUCGACGUACCAUAGCAUCUUCUUCAGGAACAAAAGCCAAAGAUCCAUGUACCAGGGCAUUUAGUGCAAAUAAGAAGCAGCAUGGAACACGAGAAACUGUGGAGAGAAAGGUGAUGUUUGUCUCAUCCAGCCCUAGUAGGAAAGACAUAAAAGUUGUGAGUGCAACAGAUCCAGGGACCAGGAAUGUGUCAACCAUAUCACCUGAAAAGGCUCAAUUGGCAAAAGGUAUCAAAGAUGAUAUUUCAAAGUUUGUUCAUAAACUGGCCUCUGUGCACCCAGCACAACCCAUGGAUGAGAAACCAUUUAGUGUCAUAACUCUGACUGGUGACAAUAGAGGAGCCACAAUGCACGUAGGUUCUGAGUCAACCAAGAAAGAGGGAUCAAUCCACAUACAACGAGCCUACAAGACUGAUCCAGAAGAGAGCACUGAGGUGACCACAGAUGCAGAGGAAAACACUGAGGAAGACUCUCACAAUUCAACAGAGCAAGGUGAAGUGGGGAAAGCAUAUGUCAACAGCAACAUACAAAGUAUCAAUAAUUCAGUUAUGUUUCAUGGUUCAAUCACUGAAAGAGACCCAGGUGUUGAAGUGACUCUUCCACAAAACCCCAUUAAACUUGAUGAUGAGCCAGCACUGGAAACUCACAGGACUGAGUUCAACAUUAGCCGAGCUCAAAAGUCAUCCUACCAGCCCAUGGUUCAAAGAAGAUGCCUCAGAGGCCUUUUCCUGGAACCAAGUGACUCUGACCCAGAGAACCCUGACAAACCUCGCCGUCAUGGUUGCAAGUUCAGUUGUGGCCAGAAUAUUGAAGACAUUGAGAUUCUGUGACAGAACAA